AUUCAGGAGUUCCUAACACAAUACCAGCAGUGCAGCACCACCUCUUACAAAUUCAAUCUCUUCUCCACUUCUUUACGCCCAAGAUCUCAAUUCCUCCUUCCUUUUUUCGCGAAUCUCGCUAAUCUCGAAGAAUUCGAAACCCAGAUAAAGAAGAGCGAAAAGGGAAUACUCUCAUAACAAUGGCAGCCCCGAAAUCAUCGACACCGCUGCUGAAAGAUGAGCUAGACAUAGUAAUUCCGACCAUUAGAAACCUUGAUUUCUUGGAGAUGUGGCGGCCUUUUUUCCAGCCGUAUCAUCUCAUCAUAGUGCAAGACGGGGAUCCUUCGAAGACUAUCAAGGUGCCCGAUGGCUUUGAUUAUGAGCUCUACAACAGGAAUGACAUUAACAAGAUUCUGGGUCCCAAGGCAAACUGCAUUUCCUUCAAGGAUUCGGCUUGCCGUUGCUUUGGGUACAUGGUUUCCAAGAAGAAGUAUAUCUUCACAAUUGAUGAUGAUUGCUUUGUCGCUAAAGAUCCAACUGGCAAGGAAAUUAAUGCACUUGAGCAGCACAUUAAGAACCUUCUGUCCCCAUCAACUCCAUUUUUCUUCAACACCCUCUAUGAUCCUUACCGUGAUGGCACAGAUUUUGUACGGGGAUACCCCUUCAGUCUUCGUGAAGGUGUACCCACUGCCGUGUCACAUGGGCUUUGGCUGAACAUCCCAGAUUACGACGCACCAACUCAACUCGUUAAGCCUCUAGAGAGGAACACUAGAUUUGUUGAUGCCGUUAUGACGAUUCCAAAGGGAACUCUCUUCCCAAUGUGUGGCAUGAAUUUGGCCUUCAAUCGUGAAUUGAUCGGCCCAGCAAUGUACUUUGGACUAAUGGGUGAUGGCCAGCCGAUAGGGCGCUACGACGACAUGUGGGCUGGUUGGUGCAUUAAGGUGAUCUGUGACCACUUGGGAUUGGGAGUGAAGACUGGUUUGCCAUACAUUUGGCACAGCAAAGCUAGCAACCCAUUUGUGAAUCUCAAGAAGGAAUACAAGGGCAUCUACUGGCAGGAGGAGCUAAUCCCGUUUUUCCAGUCCGUUGCCCUUCCAAAGGACUGCACCACCGUUCAGAAAUGUUACAUGGAACUCUCCAAGCAAGUCAAGGCAAAGCUUGGUAAGGUUGAUGAUUACUUCAACAAGCUGGCGGAUGCUAUGGUCACAUGGAUUGAAGCAUGGGACGAGCUCAACCCAUCUGGAGCCGCUGCCGGAGCUCCCAAGGUCUCUGCCAAGUAGAAACGUUUCGACUGAUAGGUAAAAGUUUUUUUCAGUAGUUAAUUAUACUCUGGGACUGGAAUAGUCCUAUUUGUUCAAGAUCUUGGAGAAGUUCAUUUUUCGCAGGGAUUGUUUAGCUAAUUAUCUGAGUUCAGAACCACAUACUUAAUAUUUACAUUCAUUAGCAUUAUUUAGUGCUACAUUUAUGAGCAUUCUUUACUCUUAAGCUGAUUUUCAGAAGCUCAGCAGGUUUCAGAUUCUUUGGUUUGUUCCAAUGUGGGAUGACUUUUAGUAUUUUUUCCAAGAACCUUAAUUAGAAACAUGGUGUUGCAGCC